AUGUUCAGCCCCCACACACUCGAGGCCCCCGCGGUGAUCUUCGACAACGGCUCAGGGCUGUGCAAGGCGGGCCUGUCGGGGGAGAUCGGGCCGCGGCACGUCGUCAGCUCCGUGGUGGGGCACCCCAAGUUCCAGACGGCCUCGGCGGGGGCCAGCCAAAAGAAGUACUUUGUGGGGGAGGAGGCACUGUACAAGUAUGAGACGCUGCACUUGCGACAGCCCAUCGAGCGCGGCCUGAUCACGGGCUGGGACGACAUGGAGCGGCUGUGGAAACACCUGUUCGAGUGGGAGCUGGGCGUGAAGCCGAGCGAGCGGCCGGUGCUCAUGACCGAGCCCUCGCUGAACCCCCGGGAGAACCGCGAGAAGGUGGCCGAGCUCAUGUUCGAGAGCUUCGGGGUGCCCGCCUUCUACCUGUCGGACCAGGCCGUGCUGGCCCUGUACGCCUCGGCCUGCGUCACGGGGCUGGUGGUGGACAGCGGGGACGGCGUCACCUGCACCGUGCCCAUCUUCGAGGGCUACUCACUGCCACACGCUGUCACCAAACUCUACGUGGCGGGCAGGGACAUCACGGAGCUGCUGACGCGGCUUCUGCUGGCCAGCGGGCGCGUCUUCCCCUGCCUGCUGGACAAGGCCCUGGUGGACGACAUCAAGGAGAAGCUGUGUUACGUGGCCCUGGAGCCGGACAAGGAGCUGUCCCGGAGGCCUGAGGGGCGGCUGCAGGAGUACAAGCUGCCCGACGGCCACGUGGUGUACGUGGGCGACCCGCUGCACCAGGCGCCCGAGGUGCUGUUCGCGCCCGAGCAGCUGGGCAUUCAGAGCCCGGGCUUGUCCAAGAUGGUGUCCAGCAGCAUCGCCAAGUGUGACGUUGACAUCCAGAAGACGCUGUUCGGCGAGAUUGUGCUGUCGGGGGGCUCCACGCUCUUCCCGGGCCUGGACGACCGGCUGCUGCGGGAGCUGGAGCCGCUGGCCUCCAAGGGCACGGCCAUCAAGAUCACGGUGCCGCCCGACCGCUGGUUCUCCACGUGGAUCGGAGCCUCCAUCGUCACCUCGCUCAGCAGCUUCAAGCAGAUGUGGGUCACGGCCGCCGACUUCAAGGAGUUCGGGACCUCGGUGAUCCAGAGAAGGUGCUUCUGAGGCCACGGCCACAGCCGCCCAAUAAAACACAGAACUGUGACA